AUGAGGCGAAAGGCCAGGGCGGAGCUGGACAAGGCGAAAGCCAGGGCGGAGCUGUCAGAACCUCGGGCCCCCAGGGCAGAGCUGUCGGACCCUCGGGCGUCCAUGGCGGUGAGGAUCCCUCAGGCGGCCACGGCGGUGAAGACCCCUCAGGCGGCCGCGGCGUUGAACACCCCUCAGGCGGCCACGGCAAUCACUUUGAAUGUUGACACAGUGCCUGUUGAGUUCACUAGCUCGUCAUGCACAUACUGCAGGCAAAGCUUUAUGCAAUCAUCUGGUUGCAAUGCUUUUUCAAACUGCGCACUUCAGCAUGAUGCAGAUGUAGACAGGGAUUUCUGCAGAGACUACAGAUCAGUUGGUGGUCAGAAAGCCAAAGACGUCUUCCUGAAGUGUCACUUCCCUGACCCAGCAGUAUUGGCUAUUGGAGAAGCUGUCAAAGGACUCACUCCCCAACCUUUGAUUUCCUGCGUCCUUACCGGUUUUUCAGAACUGAUUUUGGUGGACUCCAGAUUUGGUCCUGUGCCUCGAGGUUCAGUGCUCUCCUACCAAUGCCGUCCUGUUGUGACCAAGAACUACAUUAAACAUCCAGAUGCUCCUGUGUACCCUAAACUCCCUAUUAAUGGUUCUAAAUUUCUGAGGAGCUUGCACUUCGUGCCAAACUGUCACCAGUUAUUCCAUUUGGAGAGCUUAAGUGUCACACAAGAGUUGGCAGUUAUAAUAGAGGAGCGGACUCAGGAACAAUCCGAGUGUCCACUGUGGAAAAGCAUGCGCAAGCCUAGAGUGACUGCGAGCCGAUUUUAUGAGGUUUCUCAUGUGCGAGGGGAGACAUCUGGCCAGGCACUGGCAAGGCGGAUACUCAGGGGUGUAAAGCAAACUAGGGCAAUGAAAAGAGGCCUUGACAGGGAACCCGAGGUGCUGGAACGUUACUCUGAACUGUUUAAUGUGAAUGUCUCACCUUGUGGUUUCGUUGUGCACCCAGAUGCGUCCUACCUUGGUGGCAGUCCUGAUGCCAAAGUUUAUGACCCUAAUGCAGAUCCCUGUUUCGGGCUUACUGAAGUGAAAUGCCCAGAUGUUCCUACAGUUUCUGAGGUUGGGCAUAUAAAAAUUGUGAAUGGACAGGCAACCCUGAAAAAAUCUCACAAAUAUUACUGGCAGGUUCAAGGUCAGCUGGCUGUAACUGGACUCAGUUGGUGCGACUUCAUCACUGACACUGAAGAGGACAUGACAGUUCAAAGAGUGUGGAGGGAUAAUGUCAUGAUGGCCCAGAUGCGAGAAAAUCUGGACCUUUACUACUUUGGUGCUUACAUGGAUGAAUUUCUUAAGGGGGUAUGUAAUAGGGCUAUUUGCACUGUAUACUACUAA